AUGUGGCUACGCGACUUUCUCCCGGAAGACCUUCCCAACACGCGCGUCAUGGCUUUCAAUCAUAAUACUGUAUGGAAGGCGAACGCCCUCAGCAAGUCGUUACAGGACUAUGGGGAGGACUUACUCCGCACGCUCCACAGGAAACGCCAGACACCAGAGGAGAUAGCCCGACCUAUCAUCUUUAUUGGCCACAGCUUUGGUGGUCUUAUAAUCAAACAAGCCUUGGUUAUAGCAAGCGGGGACGGCGCGGACGAGGUUUACCGUAGUAUCAGCCGACAAACCCAAGGCUUCAUCUUCCUAGGAACUCCACACAAAGGUGCUCGACUUACGGUGUUCGGAAAAUUGGUGUCUCUAUUCAGCCACUGGAAGGGUUCAAGCACCAGCAUGCUGGAGAUCAUGGACUGUAGAUCUCGCAUCAAUAAAGAGCUGCACGAGAGCUUCAUGCGGUUUCUGACGGCGCGGCUGAGGCCAAGAAAUACCGUAUGUGUCUUCGAAGCAGUAAUGGAGUCUGUAUUUGGCUUUCCGAUCAUGCAUGUGGUGGACGAGGACUCCGCAGUUAUAGAUGGAUCACAGAAGAUUGGAUUCGACAAGAAGCACCGCGAUCUUAAGAGGUUUGCAUCGCGGGAUGAAGAAGAUUACCAGGAUAUCCUUCGCUUCAUACGGGAUUGGAUAACAAUUGUCGAACAGAAAGAACGAGCCUGCCUGCGCUCCUUAUUCUACCCGGAGAUGAACAUGAGGGCCAACGGCAUCAAAAAUGAAGCCUCUAAGACGUGUGCGUGGCUGCUCGAGCACAAGCACUACACAACUUGGCUUGAUCAGGAUCAAGGGCUACUCUGGAUUAAGGGUAAGCCUGGGGCGGGGAAGUCAACGCUGAUGAAGUACGCACUUCAGCAUAGCAAGGAGCGAGCAUCUCGGACCAAGCUUGUGGUAGCUUCAUUCUUCUUCCACGGUGGUGGCGCCCCUCUCCAGAGAAACCCUCUCGGUCUGUUUCGGUCUCUAUUGCACCAGGUCUUGGAUCAAAUUCCCGAGUUGCUGUCCAAGUUCUAUUCCAUCUUCAAGAAGAAAUGCGAAACCCAAGGCGAGCCGGGGAAAACCUGGGAGUGGCAUGUAACGGAACUCCAAAAGUUUCUGGAAGACACUAUCCUGGACGCCUCGAAGGCGUGUUCAAUACGCCUGCACAUUGACGCACUUGACGAAUGUGGUGAAAAGAAUGCGAGAGACCUGAUAGCGUUCUUCGAGAGCUUAACCUCGAAGCUGGCUCCUAUCGAGGCUUUUGGCAUAUGCUUCUCAUGCCGACAUUAUCCUAUUCUGGCCCUGGAGCGAGGUCUCACGAUCUGCAUGGAAGACGAAAACCAUCUGGAUAUAGUGACCUAUGUCGAAGGUAGACUCCACGGUGGAUUCUCAGACCUCGGAAAAGCCAUUGAUCUGACGGAGAAGAUCGUUGAGAGGGCGUCCGGCGUUUUCCAAUGGGUUGUCCUCGUUGUUUCGAUUGUCCUGCAGCUACACUUGAGAGGAACUCCCAUGAAGGCCAUCCUGAAGAAACUUGAAGAGAUACCACCAGAGCUAGAAAACCUUUACCGAGACCUUUUAGGCGGGAUCGAAGAUGAAGAUCGGACCCAAACGUUGCUGCUAAUGCAGUGGAUAUGCUUCGCGCGGGAACCUCUUUCAGUGGACGAACUCCGCUUUGCAAUGGCAGUCGAUGCGGAUUGCCCUUACAAGUCACUCAGCGAGUUGCGUCAGAAUUCCCCGAAUUACGUGGAGACUGGCGAGGAGAUGGAGAGAAGGGUGAAAAGCCUAUCUGGGGGUCUCGUCGAGAUAAAAAACGGCUAUGAGGGUCGACGAAUAGCGCAGCUGAUUCACCAGUCAGUCAACGACUACCUCAUUCAAAGCGGGCUGCAAAGGCUCGACAGCUCUUCGAACCGUAGUGUGAAGGGUCGUGCGCACUUUCGACUAUCGAGAUCCUGUAUUCGGUACAUUACCAUGGCUGAAGUGCUCAGUUACCACAGUGAAGAUGGACUGGGCCUUAAAGCUAGUGAAGACGAGCCAGACCUCGAAGUUUGGGAAGACGAGCAAGACCUUCAAGGCUGUGACAACGCCCAGGACCUCGAAAGAAAGUUCCCAUUCCUACGAUAUGCUACAACAGAAUGGAUGUCGCACGCGGCGUCCGUAGAGGCAGAAGGGAUAACCCAAGAUGACUUGCUAGACUUGUUCCAAUGGCCCUCAUGUCAUGUCCUAGAGUGCUGGACCCGGCAAUAUCGGAUGAUAGAUCGUCAUUCUUAUCACUGUCCCGAUAAAGGCACGACUCUACUGCACACCGCAUCAAGACAUGGCCUUUCCAGCGUGGUAGCAGCAGUCGUUGAUUCAGAGCGUAAUACGAAGGUGGACCUAAAGGACGACCAAGGUUUAACGCCGCUAUCCUGGGCGGCAGAGAAAGGGCACGAGGCGGUUGUUAAGCUGCUAGUGGAGCAGGACAAUGUUGACGUAGACUCUCGGGAUAACGACGGUCAAACGCCACUAUCAUGCGCGGCACGGGAAGGGCAUGAGGUGGUGGUUAAGCUGCUAGUAGAGCGGGACGAUGUUAACGUGGACUCUCGGGAUAACGAAGGCCGAACGCCUCUAUUAUACGCGGCAGAGCAAGGGCAUGAGGCGGUGGUUAAGCUGCUAGUAGAGCAGGAUGAUGUUGACGCGGACCCUCGGGAUAACGACGGUGGAACGCCACUAUCAUACGCGGCAUCGGAAGGGCAUGAGGCGGUGGUUAAGCUGCUGGUAGAGCGGGGUGCCAACGUAGACUCGAAGGACGAAGACGGUCGGACGCCCCUAUCAUUAGCGGCAGAGGAAGGGCACGAGUCGGUGGUUAAGCUGCUGGUAGAGCGGGGUGCCAACGUAGAUUCGAAGGAUAACGACGGUCGGACGCCACUAUCAUGGGCGGUAGAGGAGGAGCAUCACGGAGUGGUUGAGUUGCUAGAAUCAUACAUGCAAGAGCGCUUGCGUAGAUAG